AUGCCGAUCUAUUCAUUACAUUUAAUAUCUAAAGCAGGCUUCUUUUGCAAGCGUGUUACGAUUUUAUCUUUAGGCCUGGAUAAUUCAGGAAAAAAUACACUCUCACACAUAGUUAAGAACAAUCAGAACGAGUUUAUAGCACGUACACAUUGUCCUGCAAUAAACGAGCUAUGUAUAGGUAAUGUAGUGCUUACAACUUUAGAUUUAGGAUGUCAUAUGCAGGCCAGAAGAUUAUGGAAGCAUUAUUUUGCUGAAGUUUCUGGUAUUGUUUUUAUGGUGAAUGCAUCUGCUCCUGACCGAUUUUUAGAAGCCAAAGCGGAAUUAGAUGGACUUUUGUCCAUUGAAUAUAUGAAGAAUAUUCCAUUUUUAAUUUUGGGGAAUGAAUUAGAUGGACAAGGUGCAAUGAGUGAGCAGGAGAUCCGCCAAGGAUUAGGUCUUGAAGACAUAACAGGAGAUGGAAAAGGUUCAGUCCCGAAAAGACCAGUCAAAUUAAUUAUGUGCUCAGCUAGUAUGCCAAAAAAUUAUGCCAACGGACUCCUUUGGCUAUCCCAACUAGUGUAA